UUAAGGCGGGAAAGUUUGCGUGGCGGGAAGUGAUUUAAGAUCUUUUUGGUGAACUAAACUGGCGCCGUUAAUAACCAGGACGAAAUAAGAAAAGAUGAGCUCAUUGGAGUGUGAAACUACGAUCGAUUCGCUCCCAGAGGAAGUGUUCUGUAUGAUUUUCGAUCUUUUGGAUCUGGUGGACGUAAAAAGUGCGUCACUAGUUUGUCGGAAAUGGCACAACAUCGUCUUCUUGAGCCCGUAUAUAAAAAGAUUUUUAUUUAAUAUAGUAUUAAAUCUUCCAUGGAAACCAACAGAAGAAGAUUUAGCGAUAUGUAGGAUGCGGACGAAGGAAGUGAUAGAUAUUGCGAAUCAUACUCAACGAUGCUACAGAUACUUAUUACUGUGCGUUAGCAAAAUUAAGUUUGUUGACUUUCCAUCGUUAUGGAAAUCCCUUCACCCUAACGUCACGGAAAAUAUCUAUUCGCUAAACCUAGUGCUUUGUGGCGAUAUACGAGAUACGUUGAUGUUGAUAGUAGAUGCAAUACCGCUGCUGCCGAAACUACGAUCAUUAUCAUUUUCGAAAAUUGAUACAAUUGAUCAGGUUACUGUUCUACGUAGCAGUUCUGUUCAGUAUCUGAGUGUUAAUGACUGUAACAUUCGAAUUGAUAUGCCGGAGCUGGAAUCGUUUGUAGGACCACUAAGCGCAUUGAGUCAACGGGAUGAUAUCGAUCAACCGGUGGUGCUCGCCAAACUGAAAUAUGUUAAUAUAACGCAUAUUCCCUAUGAUUCCGUCGAUCAAUGUAACAUCAUUCUGUUUCGAUUUGUGAAUGUAGAAUCAUUAACAGUGUACAAUGCACUAGAAGAACCGCUCUUCAUUACGAUAUGUAAUACGUGCACCAAGCUCAACAAGCUUUAUUUUCAGUUCACCCCAUGUAUUGAAGAUCCAGCCGCUAUGAGACACCUGUCCAAGCUUUCCAAUCUGCGUCAACUAAAAUUUGAUUCCGUUGGCAAAUUCAAGAUCUUUUCGGUUCCACGGAAUAAUAUCUUUUCCUUUGAUUUUGACUUAUCGGAGCUAACCCAACUGGAAGACCUAGAUCUAGGAUCUAUUCUUUUCGGUGCACACCGCCCAAUUCGCCUUCCCAAGUCGAUCACACAUCUUAGUGUGUCUAUCAACUAUAAGAAUGAACAAAAUAUUAUCCAGAACGUUAUCGGCUCUCUAACACAAUUGCAAAGUCUGCGGUUGGGUAAUUUUCCGAGAUACGUGGACCCGUGGACACCUCAACAGAAGGCUGGAGUCGCUCAGAAUAUAUUAAAGUCUCUUAAUCAUCUUAAACAGCUGGAAGAACUGGUUUUCGUCAAUGUGCAAUUCAGUGAAUCGGCAUUCCUUGACUUGGAAGAUUUGAUGCAUCGAUUACGUGUGCUGCGGUUCGUCAAUUGUAUAUUGGUUCAGAAUCGUCUUCAGGAACUGGAACAAAUAUUUCCCAAUCUUAAGAUUGAGGUGUGUACUGCACAAGAUCUAUAACAUCGCGGCGAUAUGUUGGCGAUAUUUCCACAAAACGCAGUGACCUCCGGAAAAAGCGAAAGCAGUGACCUCCGGAUACAAUCUGAUGUAAAAGGCACUGGGUAUCCCUUCACCGGAGCAAAAGCAACGAAUCGUCGAAACGAACAGUCCUUAUAUCAGGCAACAACAAGAAAUAAAUUCUUAUCAGGAAAUUGGCAGCUAUCAAUACAAAUGGUUUAGACACGCGAGAAGUCUUGCACAACAUCAUACUCCGGACUGCCUUAUGAUUUAUUUAGUAUUUGCUUUUCUUUAUCUUUCGUAUUGAAGUUUUUGUAAGGAUUUAAUUGUCACCAGAGAAACAAUGAAAUAUACUACAUUUAUGGAAAAC